CCUCGCCAAGUCACUUGCAGUUCAGUGCGCGAUCCGUUCACAACUUCAACCAAGUAGUCUACAAUACCCCGUGAAACAGAAUGUCUCUCGCCGAUCCCGUUGCCUUCUUGAAGGACUUCUUGGCCGGAGGCAUCUCCGCCGCUAUCUCCAAGACAUGUGUGGCCCCCAUCGAACGCGUCAAGCUGCUCCUGCAAGUCCAGCACAUCUCCAAGCAGAUCGCAGAGGACAAACGCUAUAAGGGUAUGGUAGACUGUUUCAUCCGCAUUCCCAAAGAACAAGGAGUUUUGGCUUACUGGCGUGGUAACACCGCCAACGUCAUCAGGUACUUUCCCACCCAGGCCCUCAACUUCGCCUUCAAGGACAAGUACAAGCAGGUCUUCUUGAGCGGAGUCGACAAGAAGACCCAGUUCUGGCGUUACUUCUUGGGCAACUUGGCUUCUGGUGGUGCCGCUGGUGCGACGUCGCUCUGCUUCGUAUACCCUCUCGAUUUCGCCAGAACCAGGUUGGCUGCCGAUGUAGGCAAAGCUGGAGCAGAAAGAGAAUUCACAGGAUUAGGUAACUGCCUUGUAAAGAUCUUCAAAUCUGAUGGUCUUGUUGGUUUGUACCGUGGCUUUGGAGUGUCCGUACAAGGUAUCAUCAUCUAUCGUGCCGCCUUCUUCGGCUUCUAUGACACCGCCAAGGGUAUCUUGCCCGAUCCCAAGAACACACCGAUCGUCAUUUCUUGGGCUAUUGCUCAGACCGUCACCACUGUCGCCGGUAUCAUUUCAUAUCCCUUCGACACCGUGCGUAGGCGUAUGAUGAUGCAGUCCGGACGUAAGAAGACAGAAAUCGUCUACAAGAACACUGCUCACUGCUGGGCCACGAUCGCUAAGACUGAAGGUGGUGCCGCCUUCUUCAAGGGUGCGUUCUCUAACAUUCUCCGUGGUACCGGUGGCGCCAUCGUACUCGUCAUGUAUGACGAAAUUAAGAAGGUUAUCGUUUAAUUUCCACCGCUGCUCCUGUCGUGCAUUGAUACAACACUCCAGUCGACUUCCUUAGGGAACUUUUUAGUCAAAUUCAACAAGCAAUCGCCUCAAGUUGUGUCCCUCCCAGCCUGAUCAUUCCGGGUGGGAUUAACCCGUUCAAGGGUCCCACGUCUUUGGUUUUCGCUGACUCCCAUCCUCUACAGCAUUCUGAGGGGCACAACUCGAGGCCACAUUGUAUAUAGGUGUACAUUUAAUUUAUUUUAAAUUAUGACUAAGUGAACGAACCCGGGGCCGAAAAUGGACUCUUUCAACAACAAGUAGAAGUAUGACUCAGUUCUUUGUAGGUAUUUAUUACUGUUUAAGUUGUGCGGAUCGCCAAUCUAUUGUUAUUUAAGUUAUAAAGCACUACGUAACUAAGUAACAAUUCCGUUACCUGUUGAUAAAAAUAUUUUAAAUUUGUAUCAUCAAGGCUUUGAUGGUAAAAAAAUAAAAAACAAAAACAUCGA